UUUUCACUACAUUUACUCAACUGGUCUGAUUACAGUUAAUAAUUAAUAAUGGUUUUCUCUUCUCACAGAAAACUAAUGGUGAGACUGAAACAUCUGAGACAAGUGCUGGAUUCAAAGAAGGAGUCAGAGUACAAAUACUGGAUUGGUUUGAGUCAGAAGAUGUAGUUGUUGGUGAAGGAGAAUUUUGCUCUGAUGAACCGAUGUACAAAAUUGGUCGUGUGCCUAUUGGUCCUAAUGCAGUGGCUGUUAUUGUUAAGUCUGCAUUAAUCUCGGAAGCUUUUCUCUGGAGGCCUACGACAGAUGUAUUAUCUCUUGGAGGACGCAGUGGGAUGCAAAGUAGCUUGGCCAAUAAAUAAAGUGGUUUUGGACAGGAAUCCAGUAGCGUCUCAAGAUGUAUCGAUGCAACACAAGGAAGGCGAAACUCGAAGAUGCAAAAUCUAUGACUGGACUUCAGAAGAAGAAGAGGUUAUUGCUGAAGGUCUCCUGUGCUCAUCUAAUUCCAAAGAGAUGGUUAACAAUAUACCUCUGGGUCCAAAUGCGGUGAGCAUUGAAGUGGUGAAGGUGUUUAAAGAUAAUGCUCAUUUGUGGAGGCCAACUGCGGAGAUGUUUUUGAUUGGUGAUGCAAUUAACGAGAAAAUCGCAUGGCCACUCCUCAAGUUUGAAAUCAUGGCUUCGAUCACUACAGCUGCAACACCUGCAAAACCUGCAGCCACGAAAACAGCAUCACCUACCAACCAGCAAAGAAAAAAGCAAUGAGUCCAGGCAGCACUA